AUGAAACAAGACAGACUGUGGGUGAAAUGGAUCCAUACUUACUAUGUGAAGCAGAUGGAUUUUUGGACCAUGCCCAUCCCAUAUGGGCUAACUUGUUCACUAAGGAAGAUCUGGCAGUAUAGAGAUGUUCUAAUGCAAGCAGGAGGAGUGACUCAAUUUGUCCAUAAUGACAAGUUCAAAAUCAGUAAAAUGUAUAAGCAUCUUCAGAGUGGAGCCAGUCAUGUGCAUUGGAAAAGAAUCACUUGUAACAGCAAGGCUAGUCCUAAAGGGACCUUCAUUACUUGGUUGGCUUUACAAAACAGGCUUCCUACCAAAGACAGAUUGAUCAGCUGGGACAUAGACAUUAGUGGUGAAUGUGAAUUUUGUCUGGUACAUGAAGAGAAACUGACACAUUUGUUCUUUGAGUGUCAAUAUUCAAAGGAGAUUUGGAGUAGAGUUCUUACUCAAAUGGGGAUGCAGAGAACAAUUCAGACCUGGGAUGAUGAGGUUAGAUGGGCAGCUGUACAGAGCAGGAGCACCAAAGAAAGAGCCAAACUGUGUAAUAUUGCCUUCAUUGAGACAGUCUAUGCUGUGUGGAUUCAGAGGAAUUCUAGUGUGUUUAAUGAUCACUAUGAUCCUAUAGAGUUGUUGGGAACUUAG